AUGACUUCCGCCGAUCAUCAGGAACAAAAGAAAUUCUCGGUGGACCAGGUAAGUGGAGGAGCCGCGCGACCGCGACCUGACGAGAUGAGAGGGGGGGCGAGCGCAGGCUGUGCGGGAGUCGGGAGACUGGCACACGGGCGCACAUUUGCAAUCACGAAUCUUCUAGCCGUUAUCACUGCUCGCUCUCUUCUUCUCGCUGAAUUAGGCGGUGCAAGACAAGAAGUGGUGGUGCAAGCCAUCAAGCAGUCGUGCCUACUCCCACGAUGCCGGCUCAGUGUCGCUUUGCGUCGUCGCUGACGUGCCUGCUUGGUCCCAUAGAUUCCACCGCUGAACGGCAAGAUCGCCAUCGUGACUGGCGGACACGCUGGCAUCGGUCUUGAGACGACAAGAGCACUGGCGCAUGCCGGCGCCAAAGUCUACAUGGCAUCGCGAACAGAGUCGAAAGCUCAGGAUGCCAUCGCACAGCUACGCAAGGAGCACGCAGAAUCCGCCUCGCAGGGCAAUACCAGCGACGCUGGACAGAAAGCUCAGGAAGCAAGCGCGGCCGGUGCGACGGGCUCAAGCCCUGCUGAGCUACAGCUCGACUAUGUUCACCUGGACCUGAGCGACCUCUCGACGGGACCAAGAUGUGCAAAGGACUUUCUUGCCAAAGAGUCGCAGUUGCAUAUCAUCGUGUGCAACGCUGGCAUCAUGGGCGCUGACUACGAGUUGACCAAGGACGGCAUCGAACAGUCUUUCCAGGUCAAUCACUUGACCCACUUUGCUCUUAUUCAAAGUCUCUUGCCCGCCCUGGAAGCUGCCGGCAAAGCUUCAGCCCCUCAUCCAGCACGCAUCGUCAAUCUGACGAGCAUCGCGCACAAAUUCAUCAGCGCGAACCCAGCCUUGGAGCCGAAAUUCAAAUCGCUCGACGAUGUCAAUCGCAAGAUGGGCAUUGGAGAGUUGGGCAAGUACAUGCGAUACAGUCAAGGCAAGCUCAGCAAUCUCCUGAUGGUGCGAGAAUUCAAUCGUCGACAUGGCGCGAGCGUUAGGGCCACUGCGGUGCACCCUGGCUUCAUCGCCUCUGACCUCUACAAGGGUACACCAUUGGCUCCCAUCGCACCCAAGAUCUUUGCGAGCGUGUCGGAAGGAGCACUUGCCAGCUUGUAUGCUGCUACGAGCCCCGAUCUGGAGAAGGAGGAUUCUUGGGAUGCCUAUCGCGUUACGUUUGGUCUGGAAGGACAAGACACCAAGUACUCACGCGACGAGGGUCUUGCCAAGGAUCUCUGGGACCUCAGCGAGAAGCUCGUGGCGGAGAAAGGAGCGUCGAGCGGAUCCGUCUGA